AUGCAUCUUCCAGCGAGCCUCGUGUCCAUGGCGGCCGUUGCCUGUGCAGUUUCCGUCAACCUCGAUCGCCGUGCCACAUUGCUGAAUGUGAAGCUAGAAAUGACAGGCAACACGGCCGUCAAGGCCAUUAUUGCAAACAAUGGAGCGGAUGACCUCAAGAUCUUCAAGACUGGAACACUGUUGGAGGAUAUUGCGACAGAGAAGAUCAAUGUCUUCCAGGCCGACUCCAAAGUCGCCUUCGAGGGCAUCCGCCUUCGUGUCUCCACCGCAAGUCUGGAGGAAGAUGCAUUCCAGACAAUUCGUGCUGGCGAGGUUGUCGAAAAAGAAUUUGACAUUGCGCACAUGCACGAUCUCAGCACCGGAGGAGCCUUUGACAUUGUUGCCAAUGGAGCCGUCUCUUAUGCUCAUGUAAAUAGCACUGAGCUUUUGGGUACCGUUCCGCUGGAUAGCAACACGCUAUCAAUCCAAGUGGACGGGGCCGAGGCACAGGCUUCCAGAGCUGCCUUUAUAGAGAGGCGCACAGUUGUGCAGUCGGACUGUACUAGCUCAAAGAAGACCGUCGUGACCACGGCCAUCAGCAACUGCCGAUCGUGGGCGACAAAGGCUCAAUCAGCGGCCAACGCAGGCACCAAGCUGACCGAGUACUUCAAGAGCAGCUCCUCGUCCGUCAUUUCCACAGUCUCGGGCGUCUUUAGCAAGAUGGCGUCAGAGUGCGGAAGUACAACCUCUGGUAUAUCCAAGACAUACUGCUCGGAUGUCUAUGGUGCCUGUUCAUCGGGUGUCCUAGCUUACACCCUGCCGUCGGGAAGCUACAUUGCUUAUUGUAACCUCUUCUUUACAGCCCUGUCGCCCGUCACUUCAACUUGUCACGCCCAAGACCAGGCAGGAACGGUAGUCCACGAGACAACGCACCUUUCCCAGAUCAAGGGUACCCAGGAUUAUGGAGUAUAUGGAUACAGUGCUGUCCGCUCACUGUCAGCUUCACAGAACCUGAACCACGCCGAUACAUAUGCUCUCUAUGCUCAAGCGGUCGUGCUGAAUUGUUAA